AUGCGAAAGCUAAGUCGAAAGAAGUUGGUCGUCGUAGGCGAUGGUUUCUGUGGAAAGACGAGUCUAUUACAUGUAUUUCAACAUAAUGAAUUUCCAGAGGAUUACGUUCCUACCGUUUUUGAGAAUUACAUUGCCAUCAUACAUCACGAGUCGGGAAAGUCAAUCGAGUUAUCAUUAUGGGAUACAGCAGGACAAGAAGAAUACGACCGACUUCGGCCUUUAUGUUAUCCUGAAACGGACGUUAUCUUGGCAUGUUUUGCUAUUGAUCAAGUUCAAUCUUUUGAAAACGUGAAAGACAGGUGGAUCCCUGAAAUGGAUCAUUUCUUAUUUAAUACCCCACGUUUAUUAGUGGGAACCAAGGGCGACUUGAGAAAUAAUCGACAACGUAUCACUGAAUUAAAUGCUAAUGGCCAACAAUUAAUUUCAGUUGAGCAGGCUCAGGCUUUAGCAAAGAAAUUGAAUACGCAAUACAUUGAAUGUAGUGCAAAAACGAAUACAAAUAUUAAAGAAGUUAUACAUACCGCAACAGGCCUUAUUCUUAGUCAUCGUAAAAAUGGACUCAAGACAAAAAUCUGUACUUUACUUUAA